AAAAAUUAUGUUUUUAAAAAAAUAACGCCCUUUAUUGGGCGUUAUUUUUAAAAUUUAUUUUGUAUCAGAGAUACAUUUAGAUUCAUCUUGAAUGCCUAUGGUAAUUUUUUGUGGUUUUUCAUAUUCAGGAGUAUCGCAAGUAAAAUGCAAUGUUAAAAGACCAUUAAUUAAAUUAGCUUGCUUGAUAAUAAUACGAUGUUCAAGUGUAAAAUUUAAAUUAAAAUUAUUUUUUUUAAUGCCUUGAUGUAACCAUUUUACUCCCUCUUGUUCAUCUAUUUUAUUUAUUUUUUCAAUAUCUAGAUUACUACGUACAAUCAGUUCAUUAUUUAGUACAGAUACAUCGAUUUCAUCUUGUAGAUACCCAGGUAAACUAAUUGUUAACUCAUGUUGCUCACCAUUUUGUAAUAAAUUAUAUGCCGGAGUAUCGGAUAUAGGUUUUUCUCCUGUCAAGCGACUAAAUAAAUUAUCCAUCUGAGUAAAACGGUCAGUAAUUAGGCCAUUAAUUAAUGAUGGUGUAUUUGAUAAAGAACGAUAAGCCAUAGCAUUCUCCUCUAAUGUUUGUAAAAAAUAUUGAUAUUAUUUAUAUAGGGAUGUUUAAUACCUUUUCAAGUGUCAUUUUCAAUAUAAAAACAAAUAAUAUUUCUUAGAUUGAUGUAAUAGGUGUUUAUCGUUAAAUUUCAUGUUAUUAACAAUGGCAUAUUACAUCACUAAUAAAUUAUUUAUUCUAAAUAUAUCAUAAUAUUAUAUAAUAAGCUGAAUAUCUUGUUGUAUAAUAUUAAACUUUAUGGUAAGUAUUUUUUAAAAGAAAAUUUAAAUAUAAACAUUUACUAAGUACUCUUCUAAAUUAGAGAUAGUAUAAAAUGUUUUUAAUAAACAUCCCUUAGAUGAUAUGCUAAUACUAUUAGUUAUUUUCAUAAAUGUUUUAUUUUAGGUAUUUUAAUUUAUAUUAAUAAAAUAAUAGAUAAAUAUUAUUUAAAUAUAUAAUCAAACAAUUGCUAAUUAAGAAAAUCUUAAUAUAUUAAUUAUUUAUUAAUUUUGUUAUAUUUACUUAUUAUCUUAAAUAAUACAAACAGCUUAUUUUUAAAUUAAAAAUUAAAAUAGUAAUCUAUAUUAAUAAUAUAAUUUAUUAGCGUAUGAUUAUAUCUAUAAUUCUUUACUAUAUUUUCUUUUACUAAAAAACUAUCAUAAAACAAAAUAUAAAAACACUGUUAUAUCUAACAUCAUAUAUUACCUUAUAACAAAUAUUAUCUAAUCUUCAGUAUAUUUAAUAUUAAUUAAAUAUUUUAAUAUUAUUUAAAUUUUAACUAUUAUUAUCUUAAUAAUAUUAAUAAAUAUUUACUAAAAAUAUAUUAUUAUACCCUUUAAAUCGUAUAUACUAUAUCUAGUUACUGAUAAAGAUAUAUUUAAUAGUUAAUAAUAUAGUCGAAAGAUACUAAAAAUCAUCUUUGCUAUAUAUUUAAUAUCUUAAUAAUAAAAAUAUAAUCAAUAGUAUAUUUAGUAGUGCGCCAUUACUGAUUUAUUAUCUAUAAUAAAUAGUUAGGUUGAAAUAUAUAUUAAACUAUCGUAUAGCAUUAAAUAUAAUAAAGUGUUUUAUUAUAUUAAUUAAAUAUUUUUCUCUAAAGAGAUAUAAAUAAUAUCUAGAUAUAUCAAGUAAUUUACUAUUUAUUAAUUUAAUAAUUAUGCAUUAUAUUACCUAUAAUAAAGCUCAGGAAAAUAUAUUGAUAAUAUUGAUUCAUAUUUAUUUAGGGUUACUAAAAACUAAGUUAAUUACAAUAUACUUAUAAAAUUUUUUACAUCUUUAAUCAAGAGAACUAUUGGAUAUAUAAUUGGCGUUCAAAUAUUAGUAAUCAUUGUAUGUAGGGUAUAAUACUUAACUUAAUAUGAUAUUGUUACCGAUAGAAAUAAUUUUUUAUUAAAAAGAUAUUGAAAUAAAAAAUAAAAAUGUAUCACUACUAAUCUAGUAAUUAACUAAGUAUAUAACUUUUCUGCAUUUUAUUAUAGUUAUAAAAUUAUUCUAUAUUAUGUUUGUGUAUUAAUAUACAAGGUCAUACUUAGUAAAAAUAUAAAUAAUUAAUAAAUCUAUAAAUAAAUUUAUUUAAUAAUUUAUUUUAGUCAGUGACUAAAAGUCAAAUUUAAAGUAUAGCAAUAUUAAAAAUAAAUAAAAUGUAAAGGUUAUAAACAUCUUAAUGGAAUGUUAGUAAUAAUAUUACAUGUUCUAAAAAAUAUUUUCCUAUAUUAACUGAAAAUGUUAAUAUAUAUAGAUACUACUCUCAUGAUUAAUAUUAUUUUGCAUAAUAAGGAUACCAUUUUUAGCGGUAUUUAAAUUAAAAAUUUAUAUUAAAAUAUAAAAUUUAGUUUUAUUUACCUAUAUUACUAAUUUUAUAUAAAUUUCAGUAGUAUAUGCGUACUAUGUUAAUAUUAAACAUACAUAAUAUAUUUAAGAUUAAUAAUAUUACUUGAAAUAAUGUAAAUAUUAUGUAAUAAAUAUCUCUUUUAAAUUUUAUACUUGUUUUUAUUAUAGUAAUUUAAAUCACAUAAUUAAUAUUAUUUUUUAUUAAUUUUUUAUAUAGAUUACCUAUUAGAAAAUAGAUAGUCUUUAAUAUUUUUAUUUAAUAUUAGUUAUUAACUAAAUAAAUAUUUUAUUUAAAAAGAUAAAGGUUUAUAUACUAAAUUUUAAUUUCUUUUAAAAAGAAGAAUUAAUAGCAUUACGUUAAAAUAAUAAAUUCUAAGCAUUGCUUCUAUCUUUAUUUAUAAUGUAUACAUAUUUUAUUUUCAUUUUAAUGCUACAUUUUAAAUUUCAUGAAUUAUAUAAUAAAAAUAUAUUUAUACUAUAUUUUGGUGUAUGAUCGCUUUAGCAAGAAUCAUACACAAGUCAUUAACUAAUAUAUCAUUAGCUAAUAUUUAUAGAGCAUAGCACUCUAUUAAAUAUAGUAUUGCUAUAUAUAGUAUUAAUAUGUAGAUUUAUUUUCCACUGCUUCGUUCCAUAAUCUAUUAAAUUCUCGUAUAUAUUUUUCAGCAACAUCUACUUGAUUACGUAAAUAGAUAACAUUUUCUGCAUUUCGAGAUGCAGCGCUCUGUGUAUAAUUAAACGACCCAGUUUGAACUGAAUGUCCAUCAAUAAUCAUAAACUUAUUAUGCAUAAUUGCAUAUUUAUCAUUUAGCCUUACCGGUAUUCGGUGAUUUGUGAGAUAGGUGACGGCAGUAUACUUUCCACAGUUUGAUUUUUUAUCAGCAACGAUACGAAUAUGAACACCUCGAUUUUGUGCGUCAACGAUAGCCAAUACAAUAGGUUUGCUAGUAAAUGAAUAAGCAGCAAUAUCAAUUGAUAUUUUUGCCUCUUCAAUAGCUGAAAUAAUUAUUUGUUUCGCUGUUCUUCCUUGUGAAAAACCUACUUCUACAUCCCGACCUCCUUGACUAGCUGAUAGCGGAUAUAUGCAAGUUAAAAGAAAUGAAAAAAUUAUAGUAAUUACUUUUGCAAAUUUACUCAUUAUACAUACUAUUUUGACAGUAAAAGUAGCUAUUCUCUUCUUCUAUAACUAAAACCGCAAGGAGUGAGUGAAAAGCAUUCAGUAAUAUAGUAUUAAAAUUAUUGCAUACUUUUAAAUAAACUAUUAAGUUAUUUAUAUUCUCAGGAAUGUCCUUCUAUCUUACAUAUAUUAUAGUAUUGAAUAGUUUAAAACAUUUAUUAAUUAUAAAUAUUUUUAUAAAAUUUUGUUCUUAUAACAUAGCUCAUAAAAUAACUAUUUUGUAAAUAAAAAUUAAUUUUUUAAAAAAAUAUAUAAAAUAUAUUUUGUAAGAUCGUUUAGUGACUUCUAUUAUACUUAAUUAUUACUAUUAUACUAAAUAAUGACUAAAAUAUAAUCAAUUUUAUUUAUCAAAUAUAUAUUUUCAUAAUUUAUUUAAAUUAUAAAUUUUAUACAUAAUAUAAAUUAUAACUAAAAUACAGAAAUAAUAAAUAUAACAUUUAUAUUUAACUCUCUCUAUGUAAAAUUAUUAUUUAUAUAAUGUAUAAUACUUUGACUAAUAAUGAUAAAUAAAUAUUGCCAGUAUUUUUUUAUAUAAUAUCUUAGUUAAACACUGAUGAUAUAAAUAUCAUAAUUAUCCUAUGUGUGCCUAUCUUUAAUAUUCAAUAACUAUUUAUAGCUAUAGUAAAUUUUUAUAUUAUUUUAUAUAAAACUAUUACUACCUUGAUGAAUUAGAUAAUUAUUGUAUCUAUUGUAAUGCAUUAAAAUUAUAAAUACAUCUUUACAAUCCUUAUUUAAUAUUUCUAUGGAAUAAUAAAUCUUAUAUUAUUUAUAAUAGUUAAAUGAAUAAAUAUAGACAAUUUUAUAUCAAUUAAUUUUACUAUUUUUUGAUUGAUAAAAUAUCAAUGUUAAAGUUAUCUAUCAAUAUAAUAUUAUACAUUUUAUAUUAAAAUGAUAUUAUUAUUAAUAUAAGUAAUACUAAUAUUUUCUAGAUUAAUAUCGUCUAUAUGUCACAGUUAUUACGUAAUUUAAAAAUACAAAAUAAUAAUAUACUCGUAGCUUACUGAAUACUGAAUCAGGUAUUCAGCGUAGGUAUUAAUUAACAUUGAUUUUAGAUGCUAAAGAUAUCACUGAACUACUUAAUAAAAUAUAUAACACGGUAUACAAAUUUACUAAAUUUUUUAGGAAAUAGAUUAAAAUAAUAAUACCAUUAUAUAAUUUUUAUAAACAUAAUAUUAUUUAGUAAAAUACUAUAAAAUAUAGAUAAUUUUUAAUUAGAACAUAUAUUUAUGUAUAAUAUUACAUUUCAUGCAGAUAGUGAAAAUAAAUCUUAUUUUGAUAUUGUAUAAUACUGUUAUUAACAUUAAUAAUUCUCUAUGAUAUUAAAUAUCAUUAUACUUAAAUAUUCAGUAAUUUUAUUAUUAGACGUAAUAAUUAUUCUAUAUAUAAUUAUACCUAUGAUAACAUUACAAUUCAUAUCGUUAUCAACAUGUUAUAAUAUAUAAAUUUUUAUAUAAAAAUAUUAUAGAUUCUGUUACUUAAGAUGCAUAAUUAAUUUGCAAUAUUUAUUACAUUUUAAAUUAAGAUUUUUUAUAUUUAUGUAUUCAUAAUAUAAAUAUUAACUAUAUAUUUUAUUUACCAAUUUUAUAAUGGGGUAUAGUAAUCAUUACAAUUACAUUUUACUGUAAAAAUUAACUUAUAUUUGUAUAUAUUAAGUUAUUUUUAAUUAAUAACUAAAAUUUUUAAAUGCUAAUAAAUUAGCACUAAUGGAAUUAGUAAUAAUUUAGAUAUAUAUUUAAUUUUUUAUUUUUUUACUAUAAAAAUUUAAAGUAUACUUAUGAUCAAUAACAAUAUAAAUAUAAUGUCAAUUAUGUGAUAAAAUAAAAAAACAAGUUAUCUUAACCAUGUUAUUUAUAUGGUAUGUUUAGAACGAUAAAAAAGUAUUAUAUAAUUAUGAACUUACUAAAAUUUAAUAAAUGAUUAUAUUACUGAUAAAUUAAAAUAAUAUAUAUAACUAUGUUAUAAUAUAAUAACUUUAUUACUGAUAUCGAUAGUAUCGUAUAAAAUAAUUAGACAAAUUUAACUAAAUAUUAAAUUAUACAUAGUUUGUUUUAUAGAUUUAUAUUAUACCAGUUAGAACUAAAAAUAACUCAUUGAUAAGUAUUAUCAAAUAUAUUUUUUACUACUAAAUAAAAUUUAAUAAUUGUUAGUAGUUUUUCAACUAUUUUAUACAAAUCAUCUAGUACAUUAUACUGUACAGGGUACUCAUUCUGUAAUGAGUAAGUGUUUAUAGAAAGAGAAAGAUAAUAUUUUUUUAUUUGAACGCAAAAAACCCCGAUAGAGUUAAUCUUGGCAGACUGGCUAUCAGGGUUUAUGCGAAUCAUGCAGCAAUGUAUUCAAUACGGAUACUAGCUUAAUGAACGUAAGAAAUCAAGUGUUAGAUAACAUUUUUAUCUUUAGUUCAGUUAAUAAGUGCGGGUAAUAAUGAAUAAACAAAAUUUUUCGUAUUUUAUUAAAUAAUAUCUGAGAUUUUUUCUUUAUAUUAUUAUGUAAAAACCUUAUCUAUACUAUCAGCUCUUCAAGGAGAGAUAUUAGGUCCUGCGUAUUAUUAAUGCAAUACGCAAGGCGGUAAGAAGUGAUAUCAUUAAUAUUAUCUGCUAUACUUACUAUGACUUAUCGUCAUGCUAUAAUACAUAAAUUAUUAUGUAAUAAACGUGUAAUUAAUCUAGGCUGUGAUAGCGUUAUUGAUUUUAGCAUGGAAUGUUUCACUGCACAUGUGAAUAUCGUAAUUAGUAAAGUAUACAUAUCGCUGGUACAAAUUUCUAAUCUUUGCGGUAUGAACGUAUGUAAUACAUUAAGGGAAACCUUGUUGCGGCAGAGUUAGUCGUGUAUAAUAAAGAAUAUAUUAAAGCUAUUAGUGUGGUUUUUUAUGACUAGAUACAGGGCGAUACCACUGCUUCCUAUAUCCCCUAUAUUAUUUAGGUCACUAAGUUAUUUUUUAUUUUGAUUGAUUAUGAAUAAGGUAAAUACUUUUUCGCUUAAUGAUAAUAAACUUUAUUAGGAUAAUUAGAAAUUAAAAGACACAGGAUAAGAUUCGAUUACGUUAAAUAAAGAUAAUCAUCGAGCUAAAAUAAUAUAUAUUUAUUGUACUUUUGAGUACUGUUUUAAAAAACUAGUGUGGAGUAAGUAAAACUGUUAGACUAAAAAGUAGAAGUAAUAAAAAACAAGCUCACUAGUAUAUUUUUAGCGCUCUAGUUAAACUUUAUAGUAAGUAAAAACUUAUAACUAUAGGUUGUAUUAAAUUGAAUCUAGUGGUAAUAAAACAUUUUCAUCUGAUAUGUAAAUUAGUAAUUUUAUCACUCAGUACUAUCUAAUCAAAUUAAUGAAAAUAAAUUUAUACACUUAGUAUUGUGUGAUUUUAUACGUACCUUAAACUACUAAUUAAUUUUAAUUAAUGUUUUAAAAUUAAAUAGAUUAGAAAAAUUAUUUCUCCUAUAUAAAAUUUAUUAUAUUGCUUAAUACUCUAGUAAAAUACUAAAUUUAUUCCAUAUAAAUGUAAUGCAUAAACUAGUAUUAGAUACAUAUUAAAAAAUAGAUACAAUAUUACUAAUACUUUUUUAUAAAGAAAAAUAAAAAAAUAAAUAUUUUAAUAUGUAUAUGAGAUAAAAUCUUGAUAAUAAUAAAAAUCAAUACAUUAUUUAACAUAUCAAAAUAUUAUAAGGUAUAUAUUUAUUUUAAAUAAAUUUUUGGAACACAAUAUAUUAUUAAUUUUAAAAUAAAUAUUAAUUAAAUAUUAAAUAAAUUAUUUUACUAUUAAAAAUAAAGUAUUUAUUAAAAAUAAAUAGUAUAUCUAAAAAUAAAUCUUUGAAGUAAAAAUAUUUUAUAUAUAAUUAAAACAAUUUAUUUUUUAAUAAAAAUUUAAACAUUUAAUGAAGUAAAGUCUAAAAUAUUAAUAAAAAAUAAUAUUAUAAAAUCACUAGUAAAAUAAAAAUAUAAAUAAUAUUAUAGUUUUUCUUUAUUAAUAAUUAACAAAAAACAUAAAUAAUUAAUGUUAUAGAUAAAUAAUAUAAUACUUAUUAUUUAUUAAUAGCAUAAUAAAUAACAUUUCUAUGUUGUUUUACUUACUACAAAAGCACUACACUUAAUAUUAAACUCAUUUUCAAAUACUACUACUUACAAAUUGAUUAAUACAUUUACAUUUAUCAUAAUAAGAACAAAUUUAUGCAUUCUCUAUUUUUAUCAAAAGCACAACGAAUAUUGUUUCCUCUUAGUUUAGUGUUAUUUGAAUUUUCUGUUUAUAUAGCAAAUGAUAUGAUUCAGCCCACUAUGCUGGCAGUUGUGACAAAUUUUCAUGUAGGCAUUGAAUGGGUACCUGCUUCUAUGACAGCUUAUCUAGCGGGGGGAGCUUGCUUGCAAUGGUUAUUUGGUCCUUUAUCGGAUCAGUGUGGCAGAAGGCCAAUUAUGCUUAUGGGGGUAUUUUUUUUUAUUAUUACCUGCUUAAUAAUUCUACUAGUCUCUAGUAUUCAGCAAUUUAUAAUUUUACGUUUUCUACAAGGCAUAGGAUUAGGUUUUAUUGGUGCUGUAGGUUACGCUACUAUUCAAGAAACUUUUGAAGAAGCACAAUGUGUAAAAAUUAUUGCACUAAUGGCUAAUAUAGCAUUAAUUGCACCUUUAUUAGGACCAUUAGCAGGUGCUUCAUUAAUUAAUAUACUCUCCUGGCAAGGCAUGUUUAUAAUAUUUGUUAUAUUAAGUGUCAUUGCUUUAGUAGGGUUAUGGUUUUUUAUGCCAGAAACAAUUAGACUAAAAGGAAAAGCAUUAUCUUUUUAUACUCUAUGGCAUAAUUAUAAAUAUGUACUAAAAAAUAAACGUUUUAUAUAUGGGGCAAUAGCUAAAGGAUGCGCGGAUACACCAUUACUUGCUUGGAUUGCUUUGUCUCCAUUAAUAAUAAUUAGUGGAGAAAAACUUUCUACCAUUACAUAUGCAUUAUUACAAAUUCCAGUAUUCGGUGGACUUAUUGCUGGUAAUUUAUUAUUAAGUCGUUUUACAGGAAUAACAUCUUUAUUACAACUAAUAAAGUAUGGGGGUAACCCAAUGAUUACUGGCUUAAUUUUAGCCGGUAUUUCAACAUUUUUCCCAUUAACUGAUUAUCUAUGGAUAAUUGCAGGCUUAAGUUUAUAUUCAUUUGGUCUUGGUAUAACUAACGCAUGUUUGACUAGAUUAACAUUAUUUUCUAGUAAUAUUAGUAAAGGCACUGUCUCUGCAAGUAUGGGCAUAAUUAGUAUGAUUGUAUUUACAAUAGGUAUAGAGAUAUCUAAAAUCACUUACUUUUGGGGUAAUAAAAAUGGAUUUAAUUUAUUUAAUUUAUUAAGUGGUGGACUUUGGUUAAUUUUAGUUAUUAUUUUUGUGCGUAUAUCACCAAAAGAAUCAAUAAUAUUACAUGAUUCUAAAUAAAUCUAAAAUAAUUUAAUUAUAUAUUUAUGUUAUGUUUUUACUUUAAUGUAAAAUAUUUCUUUAAAUUAUAUAAUUUAUAGAAAUAUUUAUUAAUUAUUUUUAUAAAAGUAUUUAAGGUAAAAUCCAUAGGCCAAAAGAAAAUAACAGCAAAUUUUUCCUUGAUGUAAGAUUUAAAAUGAAAAUUAUCAGUAAUUUUACCAUCACCUAGCAUAGCAGAAGCGGUAAAAUCUGGGGCUUGACUAGUUACUAGGACCAUUUUUACUCCUGUAAAAUAAUAUUUAUGGAUUAAUAAUAUUUAAAUUUAUCUUAACAAUUAUUCUAAGAAAGACAUUCUCUAAAACUUUACUAUUAUAACUAAAUGAUUUUGAUUUACAAUCAAUAAUAAAAAAAUAACAUUUACCUUAAAAAGAUAAUUUAAUAUAAAAUUAAUUUAGUAGUAAAUAAAGUUCACUGCGCUAAUGAAGCAUGAUAAAAUGUACCGAUCAUUAUAAUAAUAUAACAAAUUUUAUUUCUAUUUCGUAUAAUCAGUAAAAAUUUAAUAUUUAAUAAUAUAUUAUAUAAUAAUAUAUAUUAAUGUUUAUAUUUUUAUUUUAAAAAAUAUAUUUAUUAAUAUUUUUUAAUAAAAGCAUAAUAUUUUUUUCUUGUUUUAUCUUAAUUAUAUCAUUUGAUGAUUAUUAUAUCAUUUGAUAAUUAAUAGAUACACAUAACCACCUACAUAUAAAGUUUUAUAAGAAAAUAAUAUUUUUAAUUAAAUAAAAUUAAAUUAAAUGUAAUUGUUAUUAAUUAAUGUUUAAAAUUAAUAAUUAGAUAAAAUUUAAUGAUUUAUUUGAUAAAAAUAAAUAUAUUGAGUUAUUAAAUAAUAGUACAUCGAUAUAUCUAUUAAUUAUGGAUAUCAUCCAUAUCAUAACUCUAUUUUUAUAAAACUUUCAUUUAUGAAUUUUUAGUAAUUUACCAUAGCAGUACUUUACUUAAAUAUUUUAAAAUAUAGCUAGUUUUUAAUGACUUAUUUUUUAUAUUUAAAAAUAUAAAUAAUUAAUUUAACCGUAAUUAAAUAUAAUUCAUAAUUAUAUAAUUAAUAAUUAUCAUAAAAUUAAUUAUUAAUAGAAUUAUGUUAAUAAUUAAACUAAGUUGAAUACUUAAUAAGAAUAAGAUAUAAAGAAAGUUAUAGUAGUAUUUAAUCGAUUAUUAGUAAUAUUCAUUUCAUUAUUUUUUAUAUAAAAUAAUUUCACAUUACUUAAAUAUUUAUUAUAGAAAAAUAAUGAAAUAAUGAAAUAUAAAUAAAAAUAUUUUGUUGAUAUAUAUAUGAUAUAUAUACUAUUACAAAAUAUAUAUUUAUGUGUAUUUUUAUUAAAAAAUAUCAAAUGUAUAAUAAUGGCAUAAUUUUAGUUCUAUUUAAAAAUAAUUAAAUGUUUAUUAUUUAAAUAAUAGAAUGCUAUAUAUAUUUAUAUAUGAUAUUAAAUCAUAUAUUUUUAAUAAUAUAAAUUAUUUAAAAUAAAAUAAAAAGUAGUAUGAUACUAGUAUUAAAAUAUUAUUAAUAUAUAAAAAUAUAUUAUAUAAUGUAACUAAUAUAAAAUAAUAGUAAAUUUUUACUAAUUAUAUAUAAUAGAAAAAAAUUUGUUAUAUUAUUAUAAUGAUAGGUACAUUUUAUCAUGCUUCAUUAGCGCAGUGAACUUUAUUUACUACUAAAUGAAUUUUAUAUUAAAUUAUUUUCUUUAAAGUAAAUAUUAUUUUUUAUUAUGGAUUGUAAAUUAAAAUUAUUUAUUUAUACUAGUAAGGUUUUAUAAAAUGGCUUACUUACAGUAAUUGUUAAGAUAAAUUUAAAUAUUAUUAAUCCAUAAAUAUUAUUUUACAGGAGUAAAGAUCGUCUUAGUAACUAGUCAAGCCCCAGAUUUUACCUCUUCUGCUGUGCUAGGUGAUGGUAAAAUUACUGAUAAUUUUCAUUAUAAAUCCUACAUUAAGGACUAAUUAGCUGUUAUUUUUUUGGCUUAUAGAUUUUACCUUUGUUUGCUCUUCUUAAUUAAUUGUUUUUGAUAAACGUUAUAUAGCAUUUCAAAAAACGUGAGAUAGAGGUUGUUGGUGUAUCAUUUGAUUCUGUAUUUACGCACAAUGCUUGGCGGCAAGUGAGAAUUAAAAAAGGAGGGAUUGGGGUAAUUCAAUAUUCUAUGAUUACAGAUAUAAAACGUGAAAUUAUUAAAGCUUAUGAUAUUGAGCAUCCUAAUUCUAGUGUUACUUUACGAGGUUCAUUCUUAAUUGAUACAAUUAGUAUUUUGAGACAUCAGGUCAUUAAUGAUUUACCAUUAGGACAUAAUAUAGAUGAAAUGAUACGAAUGAUUGAUGCUUUGCAGUUUUAUGAAAAUAUGGUGACGUAUGUCCUGCACAAUGGGAAAAAGGCCAAGAAGGAAUGCAUCCUUCUCCUGAAGGAGUUGCUAAAUAUUUAUCAAAAAAUUUAACUAAAAUAAUAAAUAAAUAUUAAAUAUUAUUUUACAGGAGUAAAAAUGGUCCUAGUAACUCGUCAAGCCCCAGAUUUUACCGCUUCUGCUGUACUAGGUGACGGUAAAAUUACUGAUAAUUUUCAUUUUAAAUCUUACAUCAAGGACAAAUUUGCUGUUAUUUUCUUUUGGCCUAUGGAUUUUACCUUUGUUUGCCCUUCUGAAUUAAUUGCUUUUGAUAAACGUUAUAUAGAAUUUCAAAAACGUGAGGUAGAGAUUGUUGGUGUAUCAUUUGAUUCUGUAUUUACGCACAAUGCUUGGCGGCAAGUUAGAAUUGAAAAAGGAGGAAUUGGAGCAAUUCAAUACCCUAUGAUUGCAGAUAUAAAACGUGAAAUUAUUAAAGCUUAUGAUAUUGAGCAUCCUGAUUCUGGUGUUGCUUUACGAGGUUCAUUUUUAAUUGAUAAAACCGGUAUUGUGAGACAUCAGGUCGUUAAUGAUUUACCAUUAGGACGGAAUAUAGAUGAAAUGAUACGAAUGAUUGAUGCUUUGCAGUUUUAUGAAAAAUAUGGUGACGUAUGUCCUGCACAAUGGGAAAAAGGCCAAGAAGGAAUGCAUCCUUCUCCUGAAGGAGUUGCUAAAUAUUUAUCAAAAAAUUUGACUAAAUUAUAAUAAAUAAAUAUCAAUUAAACAGGGUUUUUACCCUGUUGUUAUAUAUUUUAAUUAAUAAUUAAUUAAUAAUUAUCAUGUUAAAAUUACUGUUUAGUUAAUAACUAUAGAUUUAUAAAAUUUUUACGAUAAUUAAAAAAGUAUAAUAAUUAUGAUUAAUAGUUAGCAGCAAUCUAUUCAAAAGAUAAUUAAUAUAAAGUAAUAUAUUUAAUUAGUACUGUAAUAUAACUUAUAAAUUAAUAUUAAGUAAGAUAUAAAAUAUUUACUUUAUUAAGUUUGAAAAAAUAUUUUUUAUUUAAAAAAUAAUUGUUCACUAUUUAAUUGUAUUAAAUUAUUAGCAAUGAAUCUGCUAUGUACUUAAAUUAAUAAUAAUGUAUAUAUAAUAAUAGAACUUUUUUCUUCGUUAAUAAUAAUUAGUCAGGAGAGGAUAAUUAAAGUAAAUAAUUAUACAUUUACAUAUACCUUAACUAUUCUCCAUAUAUAAAAUAUAAAUUACUUAAUAUAUGUUUGUAAACUUAAUAUGUGUUUAUAAUUAUACUAUAGUGUAAUAAAAGAUGUUAUUAUUCUUUGUAGAAUAAUUGUUUUUAGUGUAAAAAAUCUACUAGUGAUAACAAUUAAUAUAAUCAACAUUAUAAUUAUGUCUUACUAGCAAGUAAUAUUAGUUACUGAAGAAUUUGUUAAUGUUCCUAAUAGAGAUUCAGCUAAUGUGAUACCUAUAAUGCUAAUAAAAUAUAAUUUUAUAAUUUAUAUAGAGCAUAAAAUUAUAAAUUAAUGAAUAUUAGGUAGGUGAUAAUAAUAAAUAUUAUUUAUAGUUUAUAAUUAUUAAUUAUUAAUUAAUAAAUUAUUUUUUUAAUAUUAAUUAUUUUUUUGUUAAUUAAUUAACAACAAAAUGAUUAGAUUAUAUAGAACUUUAUUCUACUGGUUCUUUUAUGAUUUUAUUUUAUUUAUUAAAUAAUUUAUAGUUAAUUAAUAUAAUAACUUUAUUUAGAUUAAUUUUUAUUAAAUUUUUUAUGAAUUGAACGAUGAUAUUAUUAAGUGUUUAUUUAGUAGAUAUAUAUUGUAGUAAUUUUAUUAUUUUAGGAUUAAUUUUACUAGUAUAGUUUUAUUAUAAAGAAAUAUAAUAAAAUUAUUUUAUAUAGAAAAAUAAUUUUUUUAAAAUUUUUAAUUUAUUACAAAAUAAUUUAUUUAUAUUUUAGUGUUUUUAUUAUGUAAUUAAUAUAAUUAUUUUGUUACAUUGCUUAUUAAUUAUUGGAGAGUUUAAAUUUUAUUUCAAUACAAAUAAAUAAAUUAUUAUUUAAUUAUUAAUUAAUGCAAGUAUCUUAUGUUAAAAAGAGUAAUUUAUCUGAUAUAUUAUAUUUUAAUAAACUGUUAUUUUUUCUUAAUAAAAAAUUUUUACGAGCUAAAGACCAUAAAAAAACAUAAUUAUAUCUAAUAAUAUAAAAUAUAAAUAAUUAACAAUUUAAUGUUAAUAAAUAUUUAUUUUACAAUUUUUUAUAAUACCGUAGACUUAUUAUUAAUUAGUAUUAUUAUUUGAAAAUAAUAUAUAUUAUAUAAUUUAUAUUACUAUAUGAUUUUACUAUAUUAAUAUUUAAUACUAAUAUUUCAAGUAGUGUAUAUUUAUUUUUUAUUUAUUUUUAAAUUAGUUGAAGAAAAAAUAUUGUAAUGAUAUUACAAUAUAUCUUUUUUGAAAAAAGAUUAAUAGUUAUUAUAGUAUAUUAUUUUAGUAAAAUAUCAUAUACUCUAUUAUAGAAAUAUCUAAUACUAUUAUAUAGUAAUUAUUACUUAAAAUUCUUCUAUAAUUUUUAGGUAUUUAAAUUAAUAUAGGUAUAUUAAUUUAAUAUUAUAUAUAAUAAUUAUUAACUCAAGAUAUUAAAAUUUUUAAUAUGUUUAUUUGUAAAUUAAUACAUUAUUUAUUAAAUAUAUCUAUAAAAAAUAUUUUCUUAAUCAGAAGUUAUUAAAUUUUUUAAGUAAUAUUCAAUAUAUUAAAUUAUUUAGUAUAACAUAAUUAAUUAAUCAUUAGAUAUAAAUUAUUUAAAAUUUCUUAAUAAGAAUACUAAACUUUUAAAAAAUUAGAAUAUAAUACUAUAUAACUACUUUGUAAUUUAAAAAAAAAUCAAGGAUUAAAAAAUUAUUAUAUUAUUGUAAUUUACUAAAUUUAGUAGUAGCACUAUUUAUGUUAAUUCAUAGUUAUAUAUUUAUAAUUUAUAAUUUAUAAGCAAAAUAUAUAUUUUAUUAGUUAUUCAUUAAUAUCUAAGUUAUUUAAUAUAUAAUUUAAUUAUAAUUAAAUUAUUAUUUAUGUCAUUAUGAUUAUUCGAUAAUAUAUGUACUAAUGGUAAAUUUUAUUUACUAAUAUUUUGUAGUUAGAUAUAAUAAUAAACUUGUUAUUUUUAUUAUUUGUGAAAAUAAGUAGCACAUAUAUAAAUAUUUUUUGAUAAUUAAUAAAUUUUAUUUUAUGAGUAUUUAAAAUUAUUAUAUAAAAAUAUAUUUAACUAAAUAUUAUUCUAUCUAUUUAUAACAUUAUCGUAACACUUUCUAUAAGUGUGUGUUAUACAUAACAUGGUGAAAAAUGGCUCUUUAGCAAAUUUUUAAUAUAAAAUUUACUAAAAUAUAAAACUGAGUACUUGUAACUUAGCGGUCUUUCAGUUAUUUUGUAUAAACGAUGCCAGUAAAUUAUGCUGUACAGGGUGCUCCCUUAUAGUGAGCAGGUGCUUAGAGAAAGAGAAAAAGAACAUGUCUCUUAUCUGAACGCAAAAAACCCCGAUAGAGUUAUCUUGGCAGACUGGCUAUCAGGGUUUAUGCGAAUCAUGAAGCAAUGUAUUCAAUAUGAAUACUAGCUUAAUGAACUUAAGCAAUCAAGUGUUAGAUAACAUUUUCAUCCUCAGCUCUGCCAUAAGUGCAGGGAGUAGUGAAUAAAAAAAAUUUUUCUAUGUUUUCUCAAGCAACACCUCAGAUGUUUUCGUUGCGUUGCUAUGUAAAAAAUCCCCAUCCUUGUUAUCGACCACCUAAAGAUAAUGUGAAGCCUCCGCGUAUUAUUCAUGCAAUGCGCAAGGCAGCAAGAGAAAAUGUACCUUCACGGCAUUUGCUAUGGCGUACUGCUCCUCGUUAUCAUGCAAUAACACAUCAAUUGCUACGUAAUGAACGUGCGAUUAAUUUGCACCGUGCCCGCGCUAUUGACUCUAUCAUGGAAUGUUUAGCAGCACAUGUGAAUAUUGUAACUGGCAAAGUUUAUAUGUCGUUGGCACAAAUUUCUGAUGCUUGCGGCAUGACAACAUAUAAUGCAGCAGGGAAACCUUGUUAUAGCAGAGUUAGUCGCGCAAUCAAUGAACAUAUUGAAGCCAUUGGUGCGGUUCUUUGUGACCGGAUAUGGGAUGAUACUACUGCUUCUUAUAUCCCUAAUAUUAUCUGGGUUACUCAAUUAUUUUUUGUUUUGAUUGGUUAUGAAUAUGGUAAAUAUUUGUCAGCUCAAAGACAACAACUUUCUUGGGAGAAUCAAAAAUUAAAAGGUAAGGGCGAAGAGCCUAUUACAUUAAAUGAGGCACGUCGCCGAGCUAAAGCAGCACAUAUUCAUCAUGCUUUUGAAUAUCGUAUUAAAAAAUUAGCUUGGAGUAGGCAACGUCGUCAGGCUAGAAAGUUAGAAGCAAUGAAUAAACAAGAAGCUCGUCAGUAUAUUUUGAGCUCCUUAGUUAAAUUUUAUAGCAAGCAAGAACUUAUAGCUAUAGGUUAUGUUGAAUUAAAUAGAAUGAUAACAAAACGUUAUCAUUCUAUGUGUAAGCUAGCAAUGCUGUCCCCUAACACUGGAUAAUUGGAUUUAAUUUUAUUAAAUUUAUGUGCGUAAUAGCAUAUGGUUUCGUUCGUCCCCCAUUUACCUUGUUCUUAUUUUUUGAUUAAAAACCACCCCGGAUAUUACUUUUCUGUAUUAAAUUUACUUAAUUACUAAA